GAAAAUUAUGUUCUGUUGUUUAAAACAACCAAUCAUGCAAUUCGAUACUUUUGAAAAGCGGCGAAAAGUUGAAAACAAGGAACUGUGAAGGAGGUAAUGUACUAAAUGACGAAAGGAAUGGAAGCAUUUAGUGAAAGUCAUUACAUGUAAUAGCUGUUGAAUAUUUCGACAAAUAUGAUAAAAUAUGGGAGAUUCGUACGAGCCAUAUCUACAGACUAGCGAUAUUCAGGAUCUGACCGCCCCUCGGCUAGGGAGCUUACUUUCCAGCGGGUUUUAUGACGACUCAAAUGAAGGAGACCGCCAAGAAGUACCUACUGAGAGCGGAAAAGCGUUACCUCUAACAGAGGAUGUCAUCGUGCGUCGAAAUUACAUUCUCCUUAAAGACGAACUGUCAGUGGGGUGGAUCCACGAUUUUCUGCUUCAGCACGAGGUCCUCUCCCAGCGUGACCUUGAGGACAUCUGUAGCGGACUCAGACCGAGGCAUGUUCAGGUGGACACACUGCUGAAACUUCUGCUUCGUCACGGGAGGUCCGCCUGUAGCAAGCUUAUCCAGAUUUUACCGGAUUGUGGAUAUAGUCACAUUCUCGAUGUGUUUCACGAAACAACAAAUUUUAAAACCAAAGAAGACUGGAUGAAAUACCAAUCAGAAAUCCGAGUUCAUCACAUAGAAAUGGAACACUCCUUCCUGUCCAAAACCACUGAGCCAGUGUCAACGGCCGACUUCGUUCUGCAAGAGCUCGAAGAGGACGCCUAUUCCAUUGAUGACCACGACCAAGUCAUGAACGAGGUCUCAAAAUCGAGGCAGUCCAGAGUCCUCCUCAGACAGGUCGUGAACUAUGAUGGCGUAGUUUUGAACUGUUUUCUCUGCGCAGUUGAUCAGAUCCGACACAUUUUACCCGGAACCUCCAUUAUUAAACGUUUAGAAAACGCAAACCUAGCAAAGGGUAAUGGUCGCAAAAAAGUCGGCGUCUAUUUCCAAGACGAACAUCUAGUGACAGUCGUUGAUCUUAACUAUGAUGAUGAACGCAGAGACCACGUGAUCAUACUCAAAUUUGGAAAUCAAAAGAAGCGGGCAACACAAGAGCUAGAGAAUGUCUUAGUGCGUAGAAUCCAAAGUUUGGACACCGAGAUCGACGAGCUAGCCAACAGAUUCAUGCAUAUGAGCAUCCAGGAUGGUCAAGCAGGGUCCGUGGUUAUCUACGUGAAAGCUCUGACCGACAGUGCGGCAGAAAACAUGAACAAACAUCAUCUCAAAGCGUUCAUACAGAAGGUCCUUCAAGACCCGGAAGUAAACAGACUGUUUCCGGUCGGAACCUUUAAUAUCCAGGUGGAAACCAUCACCAGUGGAUUUGUCCAAGAAGAGGUAUGGAAGAUAGACCGAGACUCUCUGACUGAAAUAAUGACGGACAACAGACCAAUGCUAGAGGACGAGUUGGAACCUUUCUGCUUCCUUCAGCGUUUUCAACAAGACCAGAUAUUUUCGCAGGAUGAGAUAGAAUCCAUUCGGAAGCACGGUAGCAGACGAUACAGAGCUAACGAAUUCCUGCGGCUCUUACAGGCCAAAGGAGACCCAGCGAUCGAGGUGUUCAUGGAUGAGAUGAGGAGGAGAGGGGAUUCUUACAUGUUACAACAACUUAUCCCCUCAUCCCCGUCAACCCAGUGCAAAGAGUGUGUGCGGGGAGCCAUUCUAGACAACUACGAGGGUAUUCGUGACGAGAUAGACGUAAGGGUGACGGACUACACGGACCCACCCUGUCACUCUGCCCAUGCACUGUACAAGGACAGCAGCGAGAGGUACCGGUCCCCACAGGCUCUCCUCAAGCACGUGCUGGAGUGCGACACGGCCCUGAUGCGAUUCCUCAAGGUCAUCAGAUCAACGCCGAUAGCUAAGCUUACCCAGUCUGACUGUACUUGUCAAGCUUUUAGGGAAUUGACAACCCGGAUCCAAAGAAAGAAACGCAUCUACAACUUUAGAAUUUCCUCAGUGUUGAUGAAAGAUAAUCCACACCAGAAGGAGCAGUUGGUCAAAGAUGUUUUACCAGCACACAAGGGAAGAUCCCCACAUACACACAAAGCUGUUUCAAGAGAAAAGCCUGUAUCAACCAAGAAAUUUGUGCUUGCUAAAACCCUUGACUUGGGCAUUGAAAGAGUACCACUGACCACCUUUACACCACUGAUCCAAAGAUUUCCUACGAGCAAGACAAAACCUUCCAAACAGAAAAACAGCAAAACUGUGAAGAAAUAA